AUGAAAUUUCUUAAGUCGUUUAUGAACUGGGUCGACUUUGCAACUCUACUGCCGUAUUUUUUGAGCUUUGUAUCAGAAGAUGAGAGAACAGCUUGGCUGAUACCACUCAAAACUAUCCGCUUAUAUCGACUGUUUAGUCUUUCGAUAUCUUUCCAAAUUAUGCUCAAAGCAAUUCUCGCGAGUGUCAAUGAACUUAUCCUUGGCCUGGGAACUAUAAUUAUUCCAGUGAUCAUAUUCUCAUGUUUUAUAUACCUCGCUGAAAAAGACACAAACUCGGAAAUGUUCGGCAAUGCUCCGGAAUCAUUCUGGUGGGCAGUCGUAACCAUGACGACGCUAGGGUAUGGAGAUAAAGUACCAGUCACUGGACUAGGAAAAUUGAUUGGGGUUACGUGUGCACUAUGUGGUGUUGUUAUUAUAGCACUGCCAAUAUCUGUUGUGGGAAAUAAUUUUUAUUUUCUUUACACUCAAGCUCGGACCCGUAAGAAGAAACCUUCAAAAGAGACAAUUGCUUCAGCCGUAGCACAUAUACCAUUGAUUAACCUUAGAGUAUUGGGAUCAACCGCUGAUAGUAGUGAUAGUGGGCCUCAAAGUGGUGAUGAUGCUGAUGAUGUAAUUCGUGACGUGCGGAGAAAUAGUUUGCCCAAAACGCGACGCAAACUUGUCGCGAUCUCAUGA